AGACUCAAGAAAGCCAAAUGGCAUCUGGGGAUUUCUGCCUACCUGGGGAAGGGUCAGAAAUACUUCAACAAGUGUGCAGCAAACAGCUUCCUCCAUGUAACCUGAGUGAAGAGGAUCUGUUGCAGAACCCACACUUUAGUAAACUGCUGCAGAGUCUCUCACAGCAUGUGGAUGAAAGUGGCUUAAGCCUCACAUUGGCCAAGGACCAGGCUCAGGCAUGGAAGGAACUUCGACUGCAUAAGACAACAUGGUUGAGGUCUGAGAUUUUACAGAGAGUCAUUCAAGAGCUGCUCAUAGAUUACUACGUGAAGAUACAAGACACAAAUUUAACUUCUGAGGAGAAAAAGUUUCAUGACACUCUUGAACAGAGGCUACUUGUAACUGAACUGACCCAGCUCUUAGGUCCUAGUCAGGAUAAGGAAAAGCCUUCCCUGCUUGGACUGGAGAAAGAGGACCUUCUGGGCCUCAUGCCCCCCUCACAGGAUUUUGUGUGGAUGAGAGCUCAGCUUCUGCCUGGAGUGGAGGAUCAGCUCAAGAAGAAAUGUUUCACUCUUCUUUGCUACCAUAACCCCAGCACAGAUUCAGACAGUGAAAUGCUGAAGGCAGCCAAGGUGUGUAAACUGGCAGAAGCCCUGGUAGAUGAGAAGCAGCAGUAUGAGGAUGCCAGGAGUCAGCAGAAGGAGCAGAUGGUGCUGCUGGAGAAGAAGAGUGCCACCUACUCUGAGGUGCUUCUUCGUUGCCUGGCCUUGCUGCAGAGACUGCUUCAGGAGCACCGGCUAAAGACACAGUCUGAGCUGGACCACAUCAACGCCCAGUACCUGGAGGUCAAAUGCACUGCCAUGGUCCUGAAGCUGAGGAUGGAAGAGCUAAAGAUUUUGUGUGACACUUACACUCCUGAGAAAGUUGAAGUUCAUCGUCUCAUUCGGGACCGUCUGAAGGGGGCGAUUCACCUACAAGAGCAGGAUAUGGAGAAGUCCCAACAGGUCCUGAACACCUAUGAGGUCCUUGGGGAGGAGUUUGACAGACUGGUAAAAGAGUACUCACAACUCAAGCAGACAACUGAAAACAAGCGUUGGAUGCUUCAGGAAUUUAACAAGGCCUACAGUUGAGCAUGGGAACCAGAGGAGGUGCUUCUUCAGAGCUGCCAGUCCCUUCUCUUCCUGCUAACAGGUCCACCACUCUGAGGCCAUCUCUAUAGGGAAGGGGAAUAUGGAAAAGUAGUUUGAAAAACUACAAGCGUUUAGGCACUUUCUUAAUUUUGUUGUUUUAGGGCCAUAUCUAGCAAAGCGCGGAUUACACCUGGCUCUGCAGUCAGGAAUCACUCCUGGUGAUAUUCAGGGGACCAUAUGGAAUGCCAGGGAUCAAACCCAGGGCAGCCAUGUGCAUAGCAAGCACCCUACUGCUGUAUUAUCUCUCUGGUUCCACCUUGAUUUUUCCUUCAGUUUUCACAGUGACUGAGUUUCUUCUGUAAAAUGCAACCAGAUGAUGUCGUUU